AUGCGUCUCAACCUUUCACUUCGCCGAGAAAUACGACUGGGAAGAGCUUGUACGCGAAAGCAAGACUUUCAUUCACGCAAACUUCGCAUCUGUGGCAGACAAGGAUUAUGCCUAGGUUUGGAAGCUAAAGAGGUGGAGAGAUGGAUUUCAAGUGAUGAGAUUGUGGUUAAAACGGAAGCCAAUGUUUUCCAGAUUGCGCAAAAGUGGGUUGAACAUAACAAGACUGAGCGGAGAGCAGCGUUUAAAGAGCUUCUUUGUCACGUUUGUCUGGUUUUCGUAUCGCGUGACUAUUUGUUGAAUGUCGUGACAAACGAACUCGUGCGUGACAACCCUGGUUGUCUCAAGCUGGUUUUAGAUGCUAUAAAACAGACUACAUUUUCAAGCGAUGAUGAUCAUUCCCAGUCCCCCAGAAAAGGGCUUGACACACGUGCUAUAGUGCCUUGUGGAGAAGAAUAUGCCCUUUGUUAUGUCCCUCAGGAAAAUGAGUGGAAAGGAUUACCCAACAGGUCCUCACACACAUCCCAAUAUGUUGCAAAAGCUGACAGAUUUGACAUUACAAAAAAGAAGUGGGAAGAAAUCACAGAAAUGCAACAAGCAAGAGGUGGGGCUUUUGGCAUGGCCACUCAGGGAAAUAUUUUUGUACCUGGAGGAGCAGAUGAAGAAAACACAGUGUUGAAAACAUGUGAGGUAUACAAUGUUGCCACAAAUGAAUGGCAGUUAUUUGCAAACUUGAAUGUUUACCGCACACAUGGUAGUAUGGUUUGUCUUGGUGAAAUAUUAUAUGUACUGGGUGGCCUUGACCAAACUAAGAAAAAGGCAGAACAUUCAGUUGAAUGUUAUCAGUCCAAACAGGGCAAGUGGAUUGUGAAGACAACCAUACCAGUGGAAGAGGACUGGAGGAAAAAAUAUGCAUUUAAAGGCUGUGUGCUAAAGUUCUCCAGAGGAGUAUUGGAUUACCUUGAUGAUGUAAUUGAAGAAGAUUAUUAA